AUGGAGUUAACUCUUAUAGCUCGGUGUCGCGAUGGACUGAUACUAGCUACAUCAAUUGAAGGAACAAACGACAGUAAUGUAAUCGUUUUUCUCCAUCAAAAAUUACGUGCAAUAUUUAUUCAUUUUUUCAGAACGACUUGGUGAAAUACUCAAAUCAAGCUAAAUUAAUUUUCAAAAAGUUGGCUGGCUCUCCUCAACAACAGAGUGUUGAAAGUGGUCCUUUUGUGUUUCAGUAAGUUUUAUCUUCAUAUUCAGACCCAAAAUGAAAAAAAAACAAUUUCAGCUACACAAUCAUUCAGAACAUAUGUGCUCUGGUUCUAUGCGAGCGAAAUUAUCCCCGAAAAACGGCAUUUUUGUAUCUUGUCGAUAUUGGUCAGGAGUUCCUGAACAGCUAUAGCUCAAAAGUUGAACAAGUCGUGCGUCCAUAUCAUUUCUUAGAUUUUGGUAAGCCUUUUCUUGUGUUGCCCCAACACCGCACAUUUUCUUCCAUUACAGAUAAAUAUAUCCAACAAGCAAAAAUGAGAUUCCAAGACACCAACAAGUUCGCGAUAAAUGCUGUUUCAAAUGAACUUCAAGAUGUCACCAGAAUCAUGGUUACAAACAUUGAAGACGUCAUACAUCGUGGAGAAGCGUUGAAUAGUGAGUAAAUUUUAUAUUUAAAGAUUAAAAAACGCGUGCCAAGAUCGAUUCAUUUUUUAUGCAAAAUGUGUUUUCUCGAGAAGGUGAAAAAUGAAUUUUGAUUUCAGUUCUCGAAAACCGAGCAUCGGAACUGUCAGGAAUGAGUAAAAAAUAUAAAGAUGACGCAAAAGCUCUCAAUAGACGAUCGACUGUUUUCAAAAUAGCCGCUUCAAUUGGUAUUGUAGGAAUUUUCUGCCUAAUCAUUCGCUUCGUUGUAUUCUAA